AUGUCUCGCGGUGGUGGAAGAGGCGGUCGCGGUGGCGGGAGAGGCGGCUUUGGUGGAGCCAGCAAUCUCCCGCCAAUGGGCCUCACGUUUGCCGAUCUCCAAAAUCUGUCUAGAGAGGCCACAGCCUUGUAUCCAGUUCGAGACGUUCCGAUUUUUACUGAAUCUACAAAAGACGAGAAGGAAAUCGCUAGACUUCAACUGGGGUUUGCAUCCCGUCUUCGAAAAUCACAAUAUUAUGUGGUGGAAAGGACAAAAACUUCUGAAUUGGAACGGUACUCUGAUAAAUACAGACCCUCGGCUGUGUCACAACCCACAUUAAAACGAAAAGAUUUACACGCCCCAUUCUUUCCAUCGGAAGUCUUGGAAGAUUACUUCAAUCCAAAGAGAAAGAAGAGAGCCACAACGCAGUCAGACUCUUUAAAGCCGAAGUUAAAUCUCGACGAGUUGAACGAGGAUGGAGAUGAAGAAGAAAAAUCUGGCGAAGAGCGCUCUGAUGCUGGAUCUCAGGCAGCAGAAUCGGAUUACGAUGUAGACGAAGAAUAUGAUAACGACUAUGCUGAGAAUUACUUUGACAACGGUGAAGGGGAUGACAUAGAUGAUCUAGGAGGAGGAGGUGGGGGUGACGAGGGAGGCGGUGGUGGCGGAGACUAUGAUUGA